AUGUCAGUCAAUAAGAGUUCUUUGAGUCCGACCCAGCAGGACGUGCAACCUGACAUUCCUAAAGUACGCAAGCUGUUCUUUGACACUCAUGCGGUGGUUCGGCUCCUUGAAGAAAAUGGCUUCACGACUCACCAAGCUGAAGCAUUGGUUAAAGUGCUCUUGAAGAUGACAAACUCCAACAUGGACACCAUUUAUAGUGACAUGGUAACCAAAGUACAGCAGGAGAUUAUGAUGCAACGUGUAAUGUCUCAAAUAGCAGCCUUAAAGAAGGACAUGAUCAUUCUGGAGAAAAGCGAGUUUUCAACGUUACUGGCAGAGAAUGAGAAAUUGAAGAUCCAACUAUUGCAGUUGAAAGUGCAGCUAUCUGAUGUGAUGAACAAAAUACGCUCAGACACCUUUUUAGACAUGAAUUUAGAGAAGAGCCGUGUGAAAGAACUGAAAGCAGACCAUGAAAGGAAGCUUUUGGAAACACGGAGUGAAAUUCUGGAAAUGACUGCCGAGCAAGACCGUCAUCUGACUCAGACUAACAUGAAAAUCGACACAGAAGUGGCAGGUUUGAAAACCAUGCUAGAGUCUCAUAAAUUGGACUCUAUAAAAUACCUCGCAGGUUCAAUUUUCACUUGUCUGACCGUGGUUUUGGGCUUUUAUCGAAUCUGGAUGUAA